UUUAUUCAUUUACUGGUUCUUUUCUAUAUUUUCGAUAUUUUCUCUCUAGUUCUACUUGCUGUCGUCUCGCUACCACUGCCCUCGUACGAUCAGGCCUCACUCAUCCUUUGGCCUCGCUAGGAUUUGCCGCGAGACUCGACGCGUGGCAGACUAUCUCAUCGUUACGAGAGUAAGAUCUGACAGCUGGUGUGGUGGUCGAUACUCAGAGUACCUAACGAUGGAGUACUCAAGUACUGUACCUGGUCACUUGUUGUCUUACCGCAAGGGCUGCGCCAAUCAUCACGGCCACCAUAGUCUGCUGGGAUGCGAUGAUUUACAAAUAACAGGCAGGCCGAGGCAGCUAAUAAUAGUGAUCAGGGAAAACAGGGUGAAUUGAGUGCGUGAGGUGAGGUGGGAGUACGACGACGGAGGACGUUCCAAGGUACUGUACAGUCACUACAGUCAGUAUACGCGACGUCAGGUUCCAUGUACGGAGUAACGAGAAUCGUCAUAACAGCGCAGUAUUAUUGUGUUUAUUAUUGGUUUCAUGCUUUGGACCAUCACGGCCGAGGUCGUGGAAUUACCUAGCAGCUAGUAAGUAAAUAAAUGUAACCAUAUCAAACUUUAAAAAGACGCGAG